CCGGCAAAGAUCAAGUAGAUGGAAGAGGAGGCAAUUCACGGUUGAUUCAAACAUUCUGCUCAAGAAAUGGUCAGAUUCGGCCCCCCAUUUCUUGAUUUCUUCUCUCAAACGCCCCGAAAACGCGUUCCGUCAUCUCUCAAUUCCUCAAAUUCUUCCGUGAUGCAGAGAUUCAAUUUCCCUUUCCAUGUCCUAAUUCCGGGGAUCGCGUGAUUAGUUUCUUGCACAUUCUUGUCGUCGUCGCCGCUGCUUCAUAAUGAACGACUUCGACGGCCUGCUCGCCGCCGAUUUCGGCCUCAAAUCGCAGAUCAAGUCGGCCCCAAUGUCCGCCUCCAAGCCUUCUUCCAAUUCUCGACCCUUUCCCGUUGACCCAGAUCCUGUUUUGAGCUUUAGGGGCGCUCAAAGAUCGGAGAAGUUCGACAAUUAUGGUGGGUUCGACCAUACGAAGCAACCCAGGAAGCCCGAUUCCGGUUCCGUGCCCAUUUCGGGCUCGAAGUCGUCUUCGAGCUUGCCGCUUUACGAUAAGCCCGUUUAUGAUGGAGAUAAUGAUGUGCUGGAUCGCGUGCUCGGAUCGAGGAGCUCUUCUAGCGGGAGUGGCAGUGGCCACUGUGACGAUCUUUUAGCUGGAGUUGGGAAGAAAGACGACGGUUCUAAGAGUAAAGCUGCGAAGAACGGCGAUAUGGGUAUGCAGCAUUUCGAUGGUUUGAUGCCUGGAUUUGGUAGGAAGGCUUCUCCGAUUGGAAGACCAAAUCCUGAGUCAAGUUGGUCAUCUAGGCCUAGGGCUCACACUAGUAAAAUGACAGAAGACCCCUUUGUGGUAUUGGGAUCUACCUCACCCCAUGUUGCCUCAUCUUCUAAUAAGACAGGUAAAGCUGGAAGCACGGCAGCUGAUGGUUCAUCUGCUUCCGCCGGCGAAAUCCAAGAUGAUUUGGAAAUUCUUAAUAGUAUUAGAAAAUCUGCACCAUCCUUUUCAUUCAAUAAGAAUGACCAGUCAAGGAGGGAAAUGAAUGUGGACAAUGGCAGCAAAUUUCAACAUACAUCUUUUGACAUGGCUUCAGGCUUGAACAACUCCCGCAAAUCUACUGGUCAGACUGCUUCUUCACCAAUAUAUGGCAGGGGCAGUACGCAUGACACAAAGACCCAGGGCGAUACUUCCCCUUGGUCUGAGCGGAAUGCGGGAUCAUCUGAUGAAGUUUGGCUCACUGUGUCCGAGAUUCCUCUUUUUACACAACCAACAACUACGCCUCCACCAUCUAGACCCCCGCCCCCUCCACCAGCCCGAAUUCCAAAGGCAGGAAGUAGAUUAUUUGGAUUAAAAAGUGCAAAGAAGAAGAUCAAUGAAUCCUCUUCAUUCCCAAAUCCCGCUCAACGCUACCACAGUCCAAAGUCAAACCCUUCAAUGACCAAGGUCUCGUCUCCAUCAGCUGUGGAUGAACUUGAAAAGUUUGCCAGGGACAGUAGCCCUAAUAGUCCCGAUGAUCUCGUAAAUGGUCUUUCUAGGGAGGAACAGGCUAGGAAUUCAGAGGUAGCUGCGUCAUCUGCAGCUAUGAAAGCGGCUAUGGAUAGAGCUGAGGUAAAGUUCAGGCAUGCGAAGGAAGUAAGGGGUAGAGAGAGUACUAAAGCUGCCAGAAGUAAAGAUGCACAGCUGGAAAAGGAUGAGAAUGUACAUGACUCUCAAGAGCAAGCUUUCAAAGAAAAACAAAGGGAAGAGGAAGAGAGGGAGCAAAGGAGACUUGAAAAGGAGAGAGAGAGAGCUAGAGAGAUUGAGAGGGAAAGGGCUCGACAAGCUGUGGAAAGGGCUACAAGGGAAGCUCGUGAGAGAGCAGCUGUUGAGGCUCGCCUUAGAGCUGAAAGGGCUGCUCUUGAGAAAGCUAAUGCUGAAGUCAGAGAACGAGCAGAACGGGCUGCUGUCCAGAGAGCACAAGCAGAAGCCCGUGAAAGGGCUGCUAAUGAGGCCAAGGAAAGAGCUGAGAAGGCUGCUGCUGAAGCAAGGGAGAGAGAAGCACGCGAGAAGGCUGCAGAAGCUCAGAUAAGAGCGGAAAGAGCAGCUGUAGAAAGGGCCGCUGCAGAUGUUAGGCAAAGGGCUACUACAGAGGCUCGUCAAAAAGCAGCGGCUGCUGCUGCUGGGGCUUUGAGGGCUAGUCAACACAAUAAUGAUAAUGAUCUCAAUUCCUUUUUCAAGAUGGGUUCUCAUGCCACCACAGCUCCAAGGCCAAGAUAUCCUGAAUUUGAUGCAAAAGCUCAGAAAAGGCAAGGGCCUGAAGCGGCAAAGACAUCUGCUGCAACAUCAUCUAAUAUAAGAAAAGCGUCUUCAACGGCCAAUCUUGUUGAUGAUCUUUCCUCUCUUUUUGGUGGUCCUGCACCAUCCGGAGAAUUCCAGGAAGUUGAAGGUGAAAGUGAAGAAAGAAGAAGAUCCAGACUGGAACGCAAUCAGAGAACGCAAGAAAGAGCGGCCAAAGCACUCGCUGAGAAAAAUCAGCGUGAUCUUCAGACUCUAAAGGAACAGGAAGAGAGACAUAGGAUUGCUGAAACACUGGAUGUUGAGAUAAAGCGCUGGGCUGCUGGAAAAGAGGGUAACUUGCGUGCUCUGCUAUCCACUUUGCAAUAUGUGCUCUGGCCUGAAUGUGGUUGGGAACCUGUUUCUAUGACGGAUUUGAUUGCUGCUGCUUCAGUUAAAAAGGUCUAUAGGAAGGCAACUUUGUGUAUUCAUCCUGACAAGGUGCAGCAAAAAGGUGCCAAUCUUCAGCAGAAAUAUAUUGCUGAGAAGGUUUUUGACCUCCUUAAGGAAGCUUGGAACAAAUUUAAUUCAGAGGAGCUCUUUUGAAUUUUUGAGACAACCUUUCAGCUUCAAGCUAUUUUAAGCAAGCGUACCAUUUCUUUCCUUGGCGGAUACUCCUGGAGGACAAUGAAUGUCUGAGGAAUAUAAUCUUGCCAAUAUUGCACCCAUUUUGAAAUACAGUAUAUUUAAGGAAGUUUACCCUCAGGAGCUGCCAAAACCGUUCUCCUCAUAGCCAAUGAUUUACUCAGGGUUACCAAACAAGUACAUUCACUCAAGGACUAUAAGGAUCUUGGUGAUCCUUAUGUUGUAGGUUACUGAAUGGAAGAUCCUGUGGUCGCGCCUGCAAUGAAUUUCCUCUGCAUUGUCUGAGUGAGGAGGCUCAAACGCAUUGCCUUUUGGAAUCCCCCACCCAGCAAAUAUAAUAGCAUUGUGUAUACAUCUCAUGGAAUUGGAACAUUAACAUCCAUACCAGAUUGCUGGUACACUUGUGAGAGAUUUUUAGCAUGGGUAAAUUGUCGAUAUUCCCCUUUGAGGUUUUUAGCUAGCGAACCCCCUCCACUUUGAAAACAGUGAAAGCAGUCCCUAUGCUUUUGAUAUUGGUGAUAAAAGUCCCUCUGUACCCCUUCCCUUAUGCGGUAGCAUGUGAGAUUGCUACUUCACCAGAUACCUAAGUCCAGUAGAAUUGUUGUCAAAAGUAGGAUGGAGGUCUCACCAAUAUCCAAAGCUUGUGGACUAACUAUACUAAUUUUAGACUAGAGGGGUUGCUGGCUAAAAUUGCGCAAGUAGCGGAGGUGUCUCGACGAUUAAGCCCUCUGUUUUGGUUGUAUUCAGAUUAUUGUCUAUAAGGAAGCUGAAUGGCGACGGGUACUUCCCUUUGAUUA